UUAGAACUCGGCUUUUAGAGGUCUUCAUAUUCCAUUGUUACACUCGCUCACUCACUCAAAAGAACAACAUCCCAACAUCAUAGCUAGAGGCAGUAGUCAUAACGACAAACAGAGUUUGCUCCACUUUCUCCUUCGAGAGAAGACUAGGUACAAGACAAAGACACGCAAGUUUCUCGGAAACAUGGCCGACCGAGGGGAAAGCGGCGAACUUCCAACGGGCUAUGACUACGACUUUGUUUCGGAAAUAGAUGAAGAUUUUAUCUGCCAGAUAUGCCAUUUACCUCUUAGAAAUGCUGUGUUAACUAGAUGUGGACACAGAUUUUGUGUUGACUGUCUCAAUGAACAUUUCAGACGAAAUUCUCCUAACUGCCCCUUGGACAGAGAAAAACUGGAUAAAGACAAGGAUGUUUUUCCUGAUAAAGCAAGCCAGAGAAGAAUUCUCUCUUACUUAAUCAAGUGUCCUGAUAAAUGUCAGUGGGUAGGAGAACUCAGAGAUGUGGAGGGCCACAAAAAGAAGUGUCCAUAUGUGAUUGUCCAGUGUCCUAAUCACAACUGCCAUGAGCGGAUGGCAAGGAACCUGGUUGAAGAGCAUGCGGCGGUGACAUGUCAAUGGAGAAUGGUUUCUUGCCAAUUUUGCCAAAAAAAAUAUCCAAAAGCGGAAGAACAUAUACACUGUGAAACCUGUCACAUGUUCCCUCUAAAUUGUUCCAAUGGCUGUGAACAAGUUGUCCCAAGAGAGCAGGUAAAAGAGAUGUUUACCCUAGAUUACAGUUCCAUUAUUGUGGGAGAGAAAUUUGUCUCUGAGAUUACCCACUCUGUAAUCCUUUUUGGUAUGAAGCUGUUGCGGGUGGAAAGAAGAAACCUGGAAACACACAUUCAUGAAGAUACGACCUCUCAUUUGGGCUUCGCGUGCAAGAAGCUUGCCGUACUGCAGCAAGAAUUUAACAAGGAGAAUAAAACCCUUAAGAAACAACUGGACGACGUGAAAAAGGAGAACGAGAAUCUCUUGCUCAAAGCUUCUGCGCAAGAGAAAGAAAUGCAAAAGAGCAAGAUGGAAACUCCAACGUUUGUAUGGAAGGUAACCGGUUUCGAUGAUAUCUUACGCCAGGCCAAACAUGGCCGCAACAAUGAAAUGGACAGCGACCCUUUUUACACUGGAAAAUACGGUUAUAAGCUAAAACUCUCCGUAAAUCCGAACGGAGACGGGUCAGGCAGGAAUACGCACCUCUCAGCGUUUGUAAUCGUCAUGAGAGGGGAACACGACGGAAUAUUGCCUUGGCCAUUUAACCACAAGGUCACGUUUACGCUGGUAGACCAGCAAGAGAGCCUUGACGAGCGCGAGAACGUUGUUAUGCAUUUCAGAGCCAAUACAAAACUAGAGAACUUUGCGAGACCCACUGCUGAAGAAAACCCGGGUCGUGGAUACGCUAGAUUCGUGUCUCACGAGAAACUGAGAACGAGGCGAUAUUUGGUAGACGAUACGUUGUUUAUCCAAGUUGAUGUGGGGCCACCUUCGGUGUGAAGAAAUCCAUCUUAUUUGCAUGACCCGAAAGACUAAAAAACUGUUUGUUCGCUCAGAGCAGACAAGGAUUAAGUCUGUACAAAACUUGCUGUUUAAAUUGAAACAGACGUACCUUCUCAAAGCUUUCCAGUUCGAAAAAGGUGGGAGAAUUUAAUUUAACGUCUCUUUUCGCUAUUUGAAAUUAUGUUUGUCUGCCAAUUACGCUUAAUUUUACAGUUCAAAGAAUUGGCUUAUAGUUUUGAAGUUAGUAAGCACUAAAAAGUUCAGAGGGUAGAAUUAUAUUCUUCCACCAUGACAUCAUUGGAUAUAGUCUCUUUAGCGUCUAUAAGAGCAUGGCGUCUGUUAAAAACAUCUUCACUUUGGGACUGCAGUACCUAAUUAGAGCGGAAUUUUUGUGAUCAAUAUAUAGUUAAUUAUAUAGAGGAAAUGGUGUAAACAAUUUAAAGCGCAUAAUGGACAAAAUUGCAAUAAACCAUGGAAUAGUC